AUGGCGGGGAGAAGGCCGAGAAACGCCAGGAAUGGACCGAGCAAGGAGCGGCUGAGCCGGGAGAUGCGACGCAGCAAAAUGACACUUUUUAUCCAGCAGGUUGAGAAAGAAGCCCAAGAGCGCGUGAACGAGUUGGAGGCGAAAACCGAGAGCCUCCUGACUACAGUGGACAAAGUGUUCAGGGUGGAGCUGAUGAAGAAGCCCCCCUCCCUUCAGAGCACGCUCAUUGGCGAAUUACUAAGUUCGGAGGAAGUGUCAGCCAGCGAGGCGUCCAUUGCUGCGAUGAGUGAGUCCCUUGUGAUGCCACAACCCCUCAAAAGGAUCCCCAGUAAGAAAGCUAAAUCAACAGAAUCCCCACCCGUCCAGUCUGCCUCGGGACAGAGGGCCUCCAAGAGAGGAAAAGGGCCUAAAAGGAUAAGGACGCUUGUUGGUAGCAACAGCACCGGAAACCUUAGGGGUUCUUCAGUCACUGCCGGCAGGGCCCAGAGCGGCCUGCAGGGUCACACUGCCAGCAGCCAGAAGAAGCCUAAACUCAGGUCUGUUGUGUCUGCCGGUGAUAUGCAUUGCGCCAUCGCCGGCGCGACGGCACACGUCACUGUGACCACGGCUCAAGGACAGACUGUCAGCUUUUGUGAAGAGACAAAGGAUGACAUUAACUGUGACUUACUGGAUGAUAUGGCAUGGAAACAAAUUGACAAAAUUGUGAGUAUGUUGGAUGAGCUGACUCAGCGGAAGAGAGACAGCUGAACGUCAUCCUGGAGCCCGACGUUGGUCCAGUCGAGCUCUGUGAUCGUC